ACCGUCCGCCCGUCCCGCCAAGCCUGCAAUAGGCGCGCGUCUUGAUAAACUGGCGAUUGAUCAACUUCGCGACACGCCCCCGUGGGUCCCCUGCCAUCACGCUUGAAUGGCCUAAAACCCCCGAGGCCUAGCCUCAAACCCCUAGGAAAGGAUAUCGAUUUUCUAGACUCGCGAUUUCGAACAGGGGAGAAAGAGUUCCACGUUUCCGCCACGGAUUGUGUGAAGUAUAGUUCUUUAUAGUUCGUUUGGGAGUGGCCAUUGGCCAACCGAAGCCGACGCAAUUCGAUGCCGGAGGAUCACCACGUGGGCCUGGCCAUCCGCCCAACUCCGAGGCUCGUCGAGGGCGCAAUACACGCGCAGGAGGAGAAGAGACAUAAGCAUUCGAGGCCGUCGUACUCGGAGUCCUCGCCCCUUGCUUCGAGGAACAAUUCCCUAACCUUUCGCCCUGCCAAGAGGUCCAUGCCGAAUCCAGAUAAGACGAUUGCUGUCAUCAACGCUAGCGGCCGGCAGGCAGCUUCGUUCAUUCGUGUAGCCACCGCAGUUGGCUACCAUGUCCGUGCGCAGCUGAGGAACCUCGAAGGCGUCGUUGCGACAGAGGUCUCGACCAAUCCUAACGUGACUGUUGUUCAGGGGGAGCUCUACACCAGAGAGCGCCGCGCCGAGAAGGCGAACGUCGAUGUGACAAAGAAUGGCCCUAUCGUCGGCAUCGGCGUCAACAACACGUUGAUUUCGGAGCUAUUCCGAGGCGCCCAGCUUGCCUUCAUCAACACGACCUUUUACGGCGAUGAAAUAAAGAUUGGCGAAGCUCUGGCCGACGCCGCGAAGAAGGCCGGCAUCCAGCACUACGUUUACUCGUCAAUGCCCGACCACCGUGCCUACAACCAGGGUUGGCCCUCUCUCCCGCUUUGGGCCUCGAAGCACAAGGUUGAAGAAUAUGUCAGGAAGAUAGGGUUGCCGGCCACCUUUGUGUACACGGGCAUCUACAACAACAAUUUCACAUCCCUGCCGUAUCCGCUGUUCUGCACCGAUCUUCGACCCGACGGAUCGUGGAUCUGGCAGGCGCCUUUCCAUCCAGACGUCAAACUCCCCUGGCUGGACGCCGAGCAUGACGUUGGCCCGGCGAUCCUGCAGAUCUUCAAGGAUGGCGUGUCCAAGUGGGGGGACGGCAAACGCAUCUCUCUUGCGUACGAGAUGCUCAGCCCACGAGAAGCUUGCCGCGUCUUUUCCCGGGGCGUCGGCAGGCCGGUCCGCUACGUCCGCGGGCCCAUUGAGGUCAGGGUCAAGAUACCAGAAGGCUACCGGAUACAACUCGAGGCGCUGGAGGCGCUGUUUGCUCUGGGCGCCGACGACCCGAAGAAGCAGCCCCCUUACUUCGGAGACCAAGCGUUGGAGGAGAGCUGCCCGAGGGUCGCACUGGAGCUGUGGGAGGGUCCCAGAGGCCUGGAGGAGUAUGCGCGGGAGGUGUUUCCCCUUGAAGAACAGGCGAAUGGCUUGACUUGGAUGCUGGAGGACGACGACGGCGGCGGCGGCGGUGGCGGACUUAUCGAGCACCAAAACGGAGGAAUUUCCACGCCUGGCCGAGAACCCCCUGAUUCUGACGACGAUGAAGACGAUGGCUUGGUGAUGCGGGGGCUAAAGAGAGACGAGGAGGAGUGGCUUGCAUAAUCGGUUCUUUCUUGUCAUCGUGUGAUACUAUUUUUUUCCAAAAAAGA